AUGGCUUUCUAUUCGUCGAAGACCGGCGGACCACCCACAACGUUUGCAAACGUAUCACAGUGUAUGGUUGCUGCUGCACACGAUUUCCUCACGUACGGUUUCACCACAUGCGGUUUCCUCACAUGCAGCUUCCUCCCAUGCGAUUUCUUCACAUACGGUUUCCUUACUACUAGACCACCCACAGUGUCAUCACAUCCCAGCAGGGCCAGCAUAACAGAGCGAUUACAAAGAGUACGUUGGCAAUGA